AUGCGAUUACACGUCCGAGCAAUACACACGCCAGAAGUGAAAUACAUGUGCGAAGUGUGCGAUCGUCUGUUCAAAACGACAGCGGAGAGAAGACAUCACAUGACUCGAAUGCAUAUGAUCGCCUAUCGGCAGAUUGUUGAUCCAGUGCUACAUGGCCAGCUGUCACGAGCGAUACUGUGA